CAUCUCUCCCUCCAUCUCUCCCUCCCGCUCACCCGGCCGCAACUGCCCCCCCCCUCCAGAGCCAUCACAGGCUCCCGCAUCAGCCCAUCCCGAGAUAGCCCGAUUGUGGCUGCCUUCUGCAAUGCCCUUGAGCUCUUCUUCCUUCGGCAGCCCGGCCCAGGGCCAAUCGCUCCAUGUCCCCACCCCGGUGCCCUCGGUCUUCUACCAGUGUGAUUGCUUAAACAGCCGAGUUACCGAGCCAUCCGCACACCGAACCGCCGGUGACGGAGCUCCAUCGCAGCCCACCGUCGACAUCACCCAAAACGCACCGAGCGAAGGGAGCUCCCUGACUCUAUCUCGACUGGAACAUCUCUACUACUGCGACGACUGCCACAAGAUCCGCUGCAAGCGGUGCAUUUCAGAGGAGAUAUCAUGCUUUUACUGCCCAAACUGCCUCUUUGAGGUGCCGACAGCUUCGGCAAAAGCCGAGAAGAACAGAUGUGCCCGCAACUGCUUCCAGUGUCCAAUCUGCAUGAACACCCUCACUGUUGUCUCCAUCGUCGAUCCGGGAGCUGCCGGCGCCACUGUCUCGGGCGCCAAUAUCCACUAUCUGUCGUGCGGCGUCUGUCGCUGGGACUCGCUGGAGAUUGGACUCAAGUUUGAACGGCCCACGGGCUUGGCGAUGCAGCUGCAAAAGGCCGAGGACGAACGGUCGGAUGUCAAGGAGUUUGAGAGCCUCCGUGCAUAUUUUGAAAAGGCCAUGAAGGCGCAGGGACAACCCACCGGCGUGCUCAAGAGUGGAGGUGCCAUCAACAGCAUCUCAUCAUCGCUGCUGGCCUCCAUCCCCGGCCUCGCCUCGCUUGGGAUGGGCCUCCCAAAGACCAACCCGCUCCCCAUUGGCCGCACCGAGGAGCUUGAGCCGUACGAGUCCUAUGCAAAGGAGUUCCCAGACAACAGCAAGGCAGACGAAGAGGACCCACUCUGGAGACUUGACACAGUAACGACAUUGGCACAACGCCUCAACCAGCCUGAUGACGAGCCGCGCCGCCGGAUGGACCUGCGCCCGCAGCGUAUUCAGCUCCGCACUAAGCGAUCGAAGCGAUGCCGUCAGUGCGACCAUUUCCUGAUCAAGCCAGAAAUCAAGGCGGUGGCGACUCGGUUCAAGAUCAAGUUGAUUGCACGAGAAUUCCUGCCGACGAUCACCAUCGCGCAACCGAUGCCUCUCUCGCCCUUGACCCCUGAUGUUCCCGUCAAGCUGCUGCUCAAAUUCACCAACCCGAUCGAUCAAGAGAUGGACGUCUCGAUAGCCACGCCAUUUGCACCCGGCGCCUCCAAGAGCGAGACCGAUGCCUCGUCGGCUUCCCAGCACUGCGUGGUGACGGUGUUGGCGCCUACGUUCACGAUUCCGCCCCACAACGAGAUGUGGCAGUACGACGAGCCUGCGACCCUGCCAUCCCAGCGCGGCCGAACCGCCUCUACAGCCGCCCUUGAUCUGCUCGCCGGCGCCGAGGAGGGCAAGAACUGCCGCACGGUGAUGCUUGAAGUCAUUCCCAAGAAGGGCGAAGGAGAGAAGUACUCGAAACGAAUUGAGUUUCCGCUGCUCGUUACAUUUGCUCGGCUGGUGAACAAGACAUCUCGCGCUUCUAUUGCCGAGGUUCUUUCCAGCCGUCCUUCGACGACCGAGGUGUCGGCGGCGGGAAGCUCCAUCCCAUCCUCAUCGAUCGACAGCGUAUCGAAGCUGAAAGCUGGCGGCGAUGGAAUGGAGAAGCGAACCAACUCCUUCUGGAUUAUGGUUGGUGUUGGUGAGCUCAUCUGACACCGAGGCGCAGUGACGCCUUUCCCUCAGUCGCCGUGGCUCAUGCAGCCAAGACGAGCGAUCCCACCCACCCCCCUGUUUCGGCAUGUAUGUGGGGGGGGCCAACGUUGG